CUCUCCAGUCUCCGCCCUUUGUUCUUGUCCUUUUCUUGCCAAAUGUGCUCCUUUCUCUGAGCCCCCUCAGAAAAAGAUUGCAGCAAAAAUAUUUUUUUUUUUCUAAUUUCUCUCUCUCUCUCUCUCUCUCUCUCUCUCUCUUUGUUUUCCCCCAUUUCCGAGAACUCUUUUUUGGGUUUUGGACAUCUUGCGGUAGAAGCCUCUCCUUCUGGAAGUUGGAGAUCGAAGAUGAGCGCUACAAAGUUCAUUAAAUGUGUGACUGUGGGAGAUGGAGCUGUGGGAAAAACCUGCAUGCUCAUUUGCUACACUAGCAACAAGUUCCCAACUGAUUACAUCCCGACCGUGUUUGACAACUUCAGUGCUAAUGUCUCUGUGGAUGGAAGCAUUGUCAACUUAGGAUUGUGGGAUACUGCUGGACAAGAGGAUUAUAGCAGACUGAGGCCACUGAGUUACAGAGGAGCAGACAUCUUUGUCCUGGCUUUCUCCUUAAUCAGCAGAGCAAGCUAUGAGAAUGUUCUGAAGAAGUGGAUGCCAGAACUCCGCCGCUUUGCCCCAAAUGUUCCAAUUGUUCUUGUUGGAACUAAGCUAGAUCUUCGUGACGACAAGGGCUACCUCUCUAACCAUCCAGGUGCUUCUGUUAUUACACCUGCACAAGGCGAGGAACUUAGGAAGCAAAUUGGCGCUGCAGCUUAUAUUGAAUGUAGCUCUAAGACACAACAGAAUGUCAAAGCAGUUUUUGAUACUGCCAUCAAGGUAGUACUUCAACCUCCUCGAAGGAAGGAAGUGCUGCCCAAGAAGAAAGCUAGAAAAAGCUCUGGUCGCUCAAUGAUGAACUGGGUUUGCGGAGGUACCUGUGUUGCAUAGCACAAUAGUCUACUGCUCAUCUCGGCGUCUUAUCCUAAAGUGCAUGUGCUAGUUUGCUUCUCACCUCUGCGUCUAUUUAUCCAAGCCAACUGACAACAAUUUGUUUAAAUGGAUAGUGGGAACUUUUGGUUCUCUAAUGUUUUGUUGAAAGGAAUAUUUAACUACUUGUAUCGUGUAAGAAGCUAGCUAGUCUAAGGUGAAGAAAGUAUGUUCUACUGCUGUAUGCUAGUUACUUGAUGGAGUAAUGACGCACCUUAUUGCUCUAUGAACAAAUCUGAAAUAUAUAUAUAUAUAUAU